AUGCCCAACCCCAAGGAUGCCGAGGAAGAGGAUCUGGAAAAUCUUGUGUUUGGUGGCGAAGAUGGUGGCCAUGCCAGUGCUAUCUUCAGCAAAAUCGGGCAAGAAGCCGGUGGUUUGGCGCCCAACACAUUCGCUAGCAAGCACAGCGAUAGCGAAGAGGAUGAGGAUGAGGACGAGGACGAGGAUGAUGAUCGGGAAGAAGACGAGGAGGACGAAGAGGAUGAGCAAGAAGAUGCCGGCGACUCGCUGUUCUUUGUCGACACAGCCGCCAACGCCUGGGUUGAUGACGACAUGGAGGAUGUCACAGUCGCGCUGAAGACGUCGGCCAAGACCCGCCGCGUGCGCACGGAUAUCAAGGAAACGCAUGUAUCCGGAGAUGUCUACGAAGAGCGGCUGCGUGAGCAGUUCCAAAAAGUCAAUCCGGUCCCCAAGUGGGCUGCCGAGGCCGAGGCCAGCGCCUGGGACGAUGAGGACGAGCCUGCUGAUCCCUCACGCAUCUCCAGCGAGCUGCUCAAAUCGACAAAGUCGCUGGUCUCCAAGGCUAGUGCUCUGCUGCCCUCAACCACCAUCAACAUCACGCCUCUGCGCAACGCCAACCAGGCGGCGCCCUCCCAGUCGGUGGUCUCUUGCGUGCAGUUCCACCCCACAGCUAGUGUGGUCAUGACCGCGGGCCUCGACAAGACUCUGCGGCUGUUUGAGGUCGACGGCAAGGAGAAUCACAAGAUCCAGUCCGUGUACUUUAAGGACCUUCCCAUCCGCUCCGCACAGUUUAUCCGCCAGGGCCAGGAGAUUGUUGUCAGCGGUCGCCGUGGCUUCUACUACUCGGUCGAUGUCGAGCGGGCGGCUGUCACCCGCAUCGCCGGCAUUACUGGCCACAAGAUCCCGAGCCUCGAGCGCAUGUUUGGUAGCCCCAACAGCGACCGGCUCGCGUUCAUGUCGAACGGCGGCCAGAUCCACCUAGUGUCUGCUCGCACCAAGCAGUUUAUGCACACUUUGCCCAUGAACGGCGUUGUGCGCGAUCUGGCCUUCACCAACGAUGGGCAGUACCUGUGGAGCGUGGGACUCGACAACGAGGUGUACCAGUGGGAUCUUCGCCAGAACCGCUGCCUUAGCCGCUGGCACGACCCGACCUCCUUCCGCCCGGCAUGCCUGGGUCUCAGCCCUGACAACUCAUACUACGCCUGCGGUGAUAACUCGGGCAUCGUCAACCUGUAUGAGGCCGGCGCCAUGCUUAACAACUUGGCACAGGCCACCAGCCGGGCCUUCAGCAUCAACCCGUUCAAGUCAAUCGACAAUCUGACCACGCCCAUCAAUGGUGUCAAGUUCAACCACAACUCAGAACUCAUGGGCUUCUACUCGGCGCGCAAGUCGGGCCAGUUCAAGCUCGUUCAUCUGCCUUCUGCCACUGUGUUCGCCAACUGGCCUACAGCCUCUACUCCAUUGGGCACUGUCGAGAGUUUCGACUUUUCGCCUCACUCGGGAUUCCUCGCCAUCGGCAGCAGUUCUGGCAAGGCUCUUCUGUACCGGCUCACGCACUACAACACAUAUUAA